CCGGCGGCGGCCCAAGGUUUAAAGUGAGAACUUUCUGCGGGCGGUGCCGAGCCGCACAGCCCGCCGCCGCGCCGCUCCUGCCCCGCGCCGCAGCAGCAGCCACCUCCUCCCCCGGGCGGGCCGUACAAUCCUCGGCAGUGUCCUGAGACUGUACGCCCGCCUCGGGGGCGAACCGGACCCCCGACCACCCUCCCGCCGCCGCCGCCCGCGGAGCCCCCCGCGUCCCGCGGGCAGGUGCUGAGCCCGCCCCGGCCCAAGAGGCGGCGCAGGAGCCGGCAGCCGCCGCGAUGACAGCUGACAAGGAGAAGAAAAGGAGCAGUUCCGAACGGAGGAAGGAGAAAUCAAGAGAUGCAGCAAGAUGCAGAAGAAGUAAAGAGACCGAAGUUUUCUAUGAACUGGCACAUGAGCUGCCCCUGCCCCACAACAUCAGUUCCCACCUGGACAAAGCAUCCAUAAUGCGCCUGGCAAUCAGUUUCCUACGCACUCACAAGCUUCUGUCUUCAGUAUGUGCUGACAACGAGAAUGAACUAGAGGCAGACCAGCAGAUGGACAACUUGUACCUGAAAGCUUUGGAGGGAUUUAUUGCCGUGGUGACACAGGAUGGAGACAUGAUCUUUUUGUCAGAGAAUGUCAACAAAUACAUGGGUCUUACCCAGGUGGAAUUAACUGGACACAGCAUUUUUGACUUCACUCAUCCAUGUGACCACGAAGAAAUUCGAGAGAAUCUGAGUCUGAAAAAUGUUUUAGGUCUGAGCUCUACAAACUGCUCUUCAAUGGUCCAUGCAUCUUUGAUGGUCUCUGCAGGUCCAGGCUUUGGAAAGAAGAGCAAAGAGAUGUCAACUGAGCGUGACUUUUUCAUGAGGAUGAAAUGCACCGUUACCAACAGAGGCAGAACCGUUAACCUCAAGUCUGCCACAUGGAAGGUUUUGCACUGCACUGGACAAGUUAAAGUGUAUAACACUUGCCCUCCUCACACCCUGUGUGGGUACAAAGAGCCUCUUCUCACCUGCCUUAUAAUAAUGUGUGAGCCUAUUCAGCAUCCUUCAAACAUCGAUAUCCCCCUGGACAGCAAGACCUUCCUGAGUCGCCAUAGCAUGGACAUGAAAUUUACCUACUGUGAUGACAGAAUAACAGAGUUGAUUGGAUACCAUCCAGAGGAGCUGCUGGGCCGUUCGGCAUAUGAGUUCUACCAUGCCUUGGACUCUGAGAGUAUGACCAAGAGUCACCAGAACUUGUGUACAAAAGGUCAAGUAGUGACGGGCCAGUACCGUAUGCUUGCCAAGCAUGGCGGAUACGUAUGGCUGGAAACUCAAGGAACGGUGAUUUACAAUACGCGCAACCUACAGCCUCAGUGUAUCGUCUGUGUCAACUAUGUGCUGAGUGAAAUUGAGAAGAACGAUGUUGUGUUCUCCAUGGACCAAACGGAAUCGCUCUUCAAGCCUCACCUGCUGACGAUGAGCACCGCCUAUGAGAACGGCAUCCCUGUCACGGAGAAGAGCGACUUCUUGUUUACUAAGUUAAAGGAGGAACCAGAGGAACUUGCUCAGCUGGCACCAACACCCGGCGAUGCCAUUAUUUCCCUGGAUUUUGGGACACAGAAGUUUGAGGAAGCCCCUGCCUUCACCAGCACUGUUUUGACACCAAACAAAGCAUGGCCAGUGGAAGCGAAAAGCCGCGCUGCUCAAGGUGAAACACUGACAAUACCAUCCUUUACAAUGCCUCAGAUUGCACCUGGCAGCAGUACUCCAAGUGCAAGCAGCAACAGUAGCUGUUCCACGCCAAGCAGCCCAGGAGAUUAUUACAGUUCUGUGGAUGAAGAUCUUAAGAUUGAAGUGAUUGAAAAACUCUUUGCCAUGGACACAGAAUCAAAAAGUCAGUGCAACUCCCAGACUGACUUCAAUGAACUGGACCUUGAAACCUUGGCUCCUUACAUUCCUAUGGAUGGAGAAGAUUUCCAGCUUAGCCCAAUCUGCCAAGAAGAAUGUCCUCUCUCUGAAAGUGCACAAAAUACCCAGCAGAGUCUAAGUAGCAUGAGUACCAUCUUCCAACCCCUUGCUUCUGCUUCACAGAAUCAGUUCCUCCCAGAGAAAUAUUGCCCACAGCUAUCAAAUAAAAACAUUAACCCUGGUCACGGGUCCCUGUCAUCGGUGUUCUUCAACAAUGCCAGCAGGUCAUCACUGCCACCAUACCAUGACCAAGCCAGCACUCCCCUGUCUUCGAUGGGAGGAAGACCAAACACCCAGUGGCCACCUGAUCCCCCAUUAGAAUAUGUUCCUGCUAAAUGGAGACUCAUGGAUAAAUACUCAGGAUCCCUGUCAAGUUCCCCUUCAGGGCCACCAGUACAUUCUCCCAUCAUGCCCAUAUAUAAAAAAAGGCCCCUGGAUGCUUUUGGGCAACGAGGCAUAGAUAUAAACCCAGCAAGAAUUGCUCUGUCUAACAGUUUGAAACUGAAGCGACAACUGGAUUAUGAAGAACAAUUGUUGCAACAGCUGAGUGGGGGAGAUCCCUCUGUCAUUAACCCAUCUCACCUAAUGUGGAAGAGAAUGAAAUUUCUCAAAGGGGAAAACUGUUCCUUGGUUACAGAAAAGAAGUCUCUCAGCACAAGUGUUCUUACUGAUGAAUUUGUCUGUAACUCGAGAGGUCUGAGCCAGCCAAUGAAUCAACUGCAGCAACAGCAGCAGCAACAGCCACCCACCUGUGGCAGUCCUGGUGAGAAUUUGAAAGCAGGAGCAUUUCCCCCUCCGUUUUACAGUUCCCAUUAUCAGGACUAUGCUGUCCAGCAAGCUCAUAAAGCAUCAGGUAUGACCAGUCGUCUGCUGGGGCCCUCCUUUGAACCCUACUUGUUGCCCGAGUUGACAAGAUAUGACUGUGAGGUGAACGUCCCUGUUUCGGGCAGCUCUACGCUUCUGCAGGGCAGUGAACUGCUCAGAGCGCUGGACCAGGCAACCUGAGCAAUCCUGCAAUAUUCCAUGGCCUGUACUGUUCAAAACAGCUUCAGUUUUUAAAUAUAUUUUUGCAAGUAGACAAUUUCUAAUACCAAUACACUUUUACAGGAUUUUACUUAGAUAUUGAACCUGUCCACGUUACCAAAUAGUGGCCUUUUGAAGUUACUCACUUUAUUAUUCAUAUUAAAGAAAUACAUCUACUGUAUUUUCUCUAUUGCAAUUAAAGUGUUGUUUAGAGAGUUUGAUUACCCUCCCCUUAUCUCAUUACCUGUAAUUUAUACUCUGGAAUUUUCUUCAAAUUUCAUGCUAAUAAAAAGCUGUGGUAGAAAUGCCUCAUCAUGUGAUAACUUUGGCUGCAGUACUGCAAAGAUUUAUUUUUAUUGCCAAAGAUGAAUGAAACAAAUUUGAUCUCCAACCACAGUUUUUUGUGAUCUGCCAAAUUGAAAUCCUUUGAGUCUUUCUGUUUUCCAGCUUUUAUCGUAUUGUAACUUUAAUAUUAAACUUUUGGAAAAGUAUACUAAGGAAAAAUUUUGCCUUCCGCCUUCCCCCCCCCCUUCAUUUUUUAUACACUUUGUUGAAAGAAAUGUGAAUGGUGAACUGCAAUGUUUGUGGGUAUCUAUCUGUGAAAGUUGCACGUUGUAAGCGUUUUUCCUCAGACACAAGCCCCAUUCUCAGCUGCCUUAACUGGGCUUAGCUCUAUGGCCAAGGGAGUCCUACAGAUUUACCCCAGUGGAGGAUUUAGACCUGUGUUUUCAUUUGUGUUGGGUUUUCUUGUUUUGUUCUUUGUUGUUUCCUUUUUUUUUUUUUUUACAGUUGGGUUUUGUUUUUAUUUUAAUUGCUCUGUGGGUCAGUUGUUAAUCAUCUCUUGGUACUUUUGCUAUAUCUAGGACACAACAACUUUAAGAGCUGUUUCUGCUAGAAUUAGUAGUAUUUGUUAUGGUGUUGCUGAUAUUUCAGGAAUCUGACCAGGGGCCAGUACUAACACCUCUGAUUGUCUUUCUCAUUUUACAUGCUAGCUAGCAAUGUAAUUGCAAUGUUGAAUCAUUUAAACUAAAAGUUAAAGUAGUAUUUCCCAGGGUAUUAGGCUAACUCAGUUAUAAGUAGACAAAAACAAUUAAGGAUUAUGUGGUGAGAUGAAUAGCUGGGAGGCAGGUCUCUAUCAUUUUUACUUGCCGUACAUUAAUCAGUAGCUGAAAUGUCAUUAAAAGGCAGCCAGACAUUUUCAGAGCUCCUUUCCCACUAUCAUUAGUUGUCAUGCACAUAUUUUAAAACAUAAGGCUUUGAAUGCUUUCAAAGGCAAAGGGAUUUGAAAGUUUAAAUCACAACAUAUUUAAACAGCAAAAAUAUAAAAUUAAUAAAAUGCAGGUGAGCAGUUCUACCUUCAAAAUACAUACAGACCUAGAUAUAUGUUGGGAUAUAUCAUCUUGUUUCCUCCACUGGUAUAAGUCAGUGUACCUUUAUUGCAGAAAAUGGAACAGUGGCAAUGUACAAAAGGUAAAAAUCUGGCCCAGAAACUUAGAACAAAGAUAGACGCUUUUGAGACUUCUGAUUCCGCUGAAGCCUGGUUUAUAAAAUUGCUUUAUAUCAUGCACUGACACUUGCAGAGAGGGAGCCUUGGGUUCAUCAAGCACUUCGGAGUUCGCUGUGUUAAACUGAGUCUUAAACACACAUACUUAGAAAAGCUGAAGAUCUUUUCUUAUUGGUACCUUAUGUAAAAAAAAUUAUAGUCCCAAUUGUAGGAAAUCUUUCAAGAGUUUAUUACCAAAAAUAAUCUACUCCUAAAGUGAAGUUACUACCAUGUGGAAAAAAUAUAUUGUAAGCAUCAAAAAUGUGAUGAAAAUUGGUAAGCUAGGAUUUGACAAAUUUGCAGUGGCAAGGACUUAAAGGCUUCAAGGAUUAAAGACACUUGAAUACUGCUCUUCUGUUUCUUGUUUGUGUAGUUUCAGCAUUAAAAAUGUUAUACCCUAACAGUUUACUAAAACACUCUGAAAGAAUAUUCCAUGUCUUAAUAUUAAUCAUACUUUUUAUCAUAAUUAUUUCAUAAUCUAUAUUGCUGAAUUCUUAUUGACAAUAUUAUAACUGUAUGGGAACUUUAACUUGAUAAGGAAAUGUAUUUUGACACUGAUACCUUAUUAAAGUAUACUGAUCCUCAA